CAUAGAACAGCUUAGAUUGACGUGGAGUGGACGCGUCAAAUUAAUUCCAGCAAAGUCCGGACUCCCCGGGAUAACUUCAAUUUGCUUUUAUCGGAUGAAGAUCACUAUUGGUGGUUGACUUGAUUACACGCGUUCGAAACAAGACAGAAGAACAUUCCAGCUGGAGGACAUUUAUGUGGACUAUUUUUUUGUGACACUUGGUUGUGUGCAUUCACUCUGCCGCCAUCUGAACAGGGCUCGGGUAUUUCCAAACAUUACGGAGAGGAAAGGGGCAAAUGGAGCAAACCUAUGGCGAGGUCAACCAACUGGGUGGCGUGUUCGUGAAUGGAAGACCACUGCCCAACGCCAUUCGGCUGAGAAUAGUGGAGUUGGCCCAGCUCGGGAUCAGACCCUGCGACAUCAGCCGGCAGUUGCGCGUCUCGCACGGCUGCGUGAGCAAGAUUCUGGCGCGGUACAACGAGACCGGCUCCAUUUUACCUGGCGCAAUCGGCGGGAGCAAACCUCGCGUCACGACACCCAACGUGGUGAAAAACAUCAGGGAAUACAAACAGAACGACCCCGGGAUCUUUGCGUGGGAGAUCCGAGACAGACUCUUGGCAGAUGGAGUUUGCGAUAAGUACAACGUGCCCUCGGUGAGCUCAAUCAGCAGGAUUUUACGCAACAAAAUUGGGAAUCUGUCCCAGCCCAACCAGUACGAAGGCGGCAAGCAAGCCUCCGCGCAGGCCAGUCUCUCUUACAACCAUAUUUAUCCUUACCCUUAUUCCAACACCAUGUCACCCACUGCCACAAAAAUGGGCUCCCCUGCUGGGGUGCCGGUGACGGCCGGGCAUAUGAGCAUCUCCAGGGCUUGGCCCUCUGCACACACUGUCAGCAACAUCCUCGGGAUUCGAGCCUUCAUGGACCCCGCAGCUAUUGCCGGGACGGAUGGAUAUCCGACCAAAAUGGAAGAAUGGAGCAGCGUCAAUCGAGCAGCUUUCCCUGCAGCUCACUCAGUCAACGGCAUCGACAAAUCAUCCAUUGAUGCUGACAUAAAAUACGCACAGCCGUCCUCCACGCUGUCCAGCUACGUCUCGGCGUGUGCAUACUCUCCAACAAACCAGUAUGGGGUGUACAGCGGUCCAGCGGGCGGGUACGUGGCCCCGGGUCACCACCACUGGCAGCCACAGAGCCCGGCCCUGUCUCACCCGGGUAGCGCAAUGAGCAUGCACGCGGGCGAGAUCCACUCUCCGAUGGCCUUCAAGCACCACACCCGAGAAGGAGAAAGGAAACCUCCCAGUCCGUUGAGCAAGCAGCAGCAUGAAGACUUGAACAGUGUGCAUGGACUCAGUCUCCCUACCUCAUCAUCAUAACCGGGACUUUUACCAGCUUCGUAUUUCAGAUUUAACUGAACUCCUUUCAACUCCAGUAAGUCUGAACCCUGUCAAAGACGGGCCUCUCUUCAUGCUGUGGUGGUGCAGUCAAGCCUAAACCGGCUUUAUGGCCUUAUGAAUGUAAGCUUGCAUGGAUGCAGCGGUGCUCCGCAAAAUAUAAAUAUUUUGUCAUUAAACAAACAAGAAAAGAGUUCUGCAUGUCUAUUUUUCAUUGCUUAAAAAGAUGACACAUAUGUCUUAAUUUGUGCCCUCAACUUCAUUGUGCAGUCAUGAAAAAAAAUAUAAUAAACAGGUCAAAAUGUUGAAUAUUUUCUAAAGUUUUAAUCACAUUUUUAUAAUUUCAUUUAAUACUAAAAAGUACUUUUUAAAAAGAAAAUAAAUAAUUGUUUUUGUGUAUGCACAUCGGAAAUUAAACAUGGAGAUAUAGUACCGAACAAUUUCAAGGAAUUGAUAAUCUGAUCAUUUCUUCUCUGGCAGCAGCUAUGAUCUGUUUUCCUUGGAAUGUUUUCCGGCAGGCCUUGGACCUGAAAAUUUUACCAAGGUCUAAUUGGCGAGUUUCCUGUACUUAUAUUAUUUGUUGGUCAUUAUUAGGGUACUUAGCUGGGGGAGCACUCAGGUGUAACCAUGCACCCUACCUUUUUUGAAAGUUGUACAUAGCCUGGGCGCCUCCACUGAUGUUAUCUGACUAAUGAGCGCUGCCAUGAUUGGAAUCGAAAGGGUGAUGGCGCAAGUGGGUUGAUGGUGUGCAGCUACGUACAGCAUAACAAGUCUGCUUAUAUAAAGCGUCGAAGUUGUACAAAUAUAAAUUAAGAAUAUUUUUCUCCUCCACAAAUGCGGCUCUACUCCUCUUCCUGCUGUGUUGACUUUGCGGUCUUCUCUGAGUUUUUUAAUAGACUUCCUUACCAUUUAUGAGAGCUUGAUGUCUGAUGUCACAGCUAAAUUAUGUUUGUUUCUAGCCAGUGUUAUUUGGAGUGAGUAAAGCCUUUUCAGUGCAUUUGUUUUCAAAAUGGUAGACAGUAGUUGAUGGGAGGUCGUUAACAUAUUUUUCCAGAACAGUGCGAAAGGGGAGAUGAGCUCAUCUGCUGAAUUGCUACGAAUACACAUGUAUUACUUGCUUGAGAAGCCAGUAUUUUUGACAUUGAGGUGACGCUACUUUCUGAAAUGCGGUGUUGGCGUUCUCUUCUGCAAACAUACAUGGGUGUUUUGGAAUUAAAGCAGGACUUUAACAAAGAAUGUCAAUUGAUCAUCAGUUGUCAACCUUCUUGUGUAAUAAACCAGGGUAUUACAUAACCAUGUUAGAAGUAAUACAAAAUAAUUUUUGAACCAGUGAAGCGCCUGCCGUAUAAUCUUUUAAAACAAAAUUGCAAACCUGAUUCAAGUUUAUUGGGUUUAUUGGUAUAUUGGGCAAAUGAUAAAUAUUUCACGAUUUAUUUUCAAUACAUACAAUAUGUCAGUUAAUAGGGCUGCCUCUCAGAGGUCCUGGAUUAGUAUUAUGACUCCUCCAAGGUAGAGUUUCCAUGUUCUCCCUUUACUUGUUUGGGUUUUGCAAGCAGGUUUGCAUCUUCCAGAAAUUAUACAUGUUAUAUGUUAAGCAAAAUUCUCUUGUAUCAGUGUAGUGAGUGUCAAUGAUAAUUUGUCUAUUUAUGCCCUGAAACUGAUAGGCAAUCCAUCCUUCUUUGUUCUAAAAUUAACUGGAAUUGAUAGCAACUCACCUUCACUCUUAAUAAGUACAAGAGCAGUAAAAAAAAAAAAAAAAAAAAAAUGCAUUUAUUACAUGCCUUAUUUCCUUAAAUGAAAAAAAUAAAAUAAAAAACAAAACAAAACAAAAAAAUAAAUAAAUAAAAUAAAUAACACAUACCAACAUGGGAAAAAAAUUGUGGUACAUGUUUGAAAUUAAAGAAAAAUCACAUUGAAAAAUCCCAGAAUACUCACCAAAUCUUGUUUGUCGUUCUAUAACAAAAUGCCCCCAUCAAAAUAAGAUGUAUUUCUUCUAAUUGUAACCCUCCUACACACAUAGACAUACUCACCCCCACGCGUGCACACACCCACACAAGAUAUGCCACAUGAAGUAAGUGAGUUUUGCUCAUUCCAAAUUGAUUUUCAACCCAUCAAUAUUGAUAUAAAAUGGAAUAGAAAGCUGUAUAUAAUAAUAUCAAUAUAAUAUUUAAUGAUAGGUGACUUUGACCUGAGUGUGUGUGUGUUUGCGUUUGUGCGUUGGAGUUUAGUGAUAUAAAAAGAAAUACUGCUUUAAAUACAGUCAGUAAAGGUGGGCAUAUAUAAAAUACAUUGAAAAAUAAUAUCAGAAAUAGAGCACAAUAUUUGAAGUUCAUACAAAAUGUAAAAUCCAGACAUUAUAAUCGGGUGCCAUACAAUGUGAGGUGUGAAAUAUUAAGAUCUGUUAUUUAAUCAUAUUUUCCACCUCUUAGUAUUUGUAUGAAUAGUUCUGGUCAGGCCAUUCAAGGAAAUGCCCCACUGUUCCAAUUUUAUGGCACGAUGUAGGAUUUGAGGUCCUCUCUAUGCUGUGUUUUGUUGCCCCCGAUUCCUUUCCUCCCCUUUUUGCAGCAACGCCCCAAGAGACUCACUAUGUCCAAACAUUAGCACGGCCGAUGAGCAUGCACAUGCUCCCUGACUGAAGUCGUUCAUGUUUUCCCGGAUACCACUUGGGGUUCAGAAAACACUCCUUCAUGGUGGUGGGGUUACUUCCUGUGGGACCUACCAUCAUCAAUCAGGAGCGCUUGUGAUACCCCCCACUGUGUUCUUGUGCUGGAUGGGCAGCAGGUGGGCUGUUUGGAUGGAUGUUUCCUAGUCAUUCAGAGCAUAGGAACAUGUGCCUCGGUAAUGUCUUGUACAUCAUUGCAGAAAUAAUGUAACUGCAAGGCUAGGUUGGCUAUAGUACACCUGCAAAAUAUGAUGCAUGGAAAUCAAACUUAAGUCCCACCACGACGUUACAUUGAAGCUAAAUACGGGCGCUACAGAUAUUACCCAAAUUUAAAAUUGUGUUUACUUAUGUGAACGUUGAGAUUUCUAAAAUAUUUUGUGUCAUGAAUACCCACUUUAAAAUAAAUUGAAAAAUAGUGAACAAAUCCUCUUUACUGGUUUCAAAGUCUGUUUUCUAUACUUUUGUUAUUCAUAUCUUAACUGGAGGUUAUUAUCAAGGGUGCAAGUUUGGUCUCAAUAUUAGUAGGAACAAUAUAACAGCAUCACCCUGCAUGUACACUUUUUGCUGGGGACGGGACCAAAUGGAUUGGGUGAGCAGCGGUCAGGGCUAGAUUUCUCACCAAUAUGAAGCUAAUUAAUUGAUAGGCUAAAUGAUGAAUGCAAAAUAAAUCUGUAUUGACUUAUCCUAACUUUCACGCUGCAAAUUUCCGGUAUGACGUCUUAAUGUGAUAUUUUUUCUUAAAUCUAGUCAAAUAACUUUUAUCAACUUGUUUUGGUUUUAAAGGGUAGUUAACAGAUUUGUGCGUCAGAUUCUUCCACUUACUUUUAGUAAGUAUUACCAUUUGUUCUUACAAACUUUUUGCCUAAAUUAAGUCUGUUAAGCUUAUUUUCAGCUAGCUGUUUUUCUUAUUUCUAGUAAUCUGAGUAAAAUUUACCGUACUUGAAGCACUGGCAGACCAUUUCACUUAUUUCUAGUAGAUUUUCACUGAAAACAAGGGAAUUUACGUUUAUUUAUCAGUCCUUUUAUUUAUUUAUUAAUUAAUUAACUUUUAUUUUAUUUUUAUUUUCAAAAACUACUAAAACUACUAAACAAGCAUUUUUUUAAAACUUCCAGAAUGAAUGUCUGGAUUUUAUUAGCAACUUUAAAUUGCAUUAUUUGAACACAAAUUAUAUUAACAUAGACAAGAAAUACAGACUUGUUAAUCAUCUCUUAAGUAUCCAGGAAUGCAAAAAAAAUAAACAUUUGUCUUAAUACCACUCAAAAUAGUCUGUCUAAAUAAAUUAAAUACAACAUAAAAAUGUCUUAGUCAGUGAAUAACAAAAAUAGAUCAAAAUGGAGCCUUCCUUCCAGAAAAACACCCCUGUUUUUGUCCACAAGCACAGCCAAACCCAACAAAAAAUGAAAGCUCCUUUGGGCUGCUUUAAGAGCAUAUAAGUAAAAUAAAAAUGAAAACUGGGGAGAAGGAGGUAAACUUUGGUUCACUGCAUUCUCACAGUUUAAUUAAUGUUAACAUAGUAGAAAACACAUACAGGAGGACACCUCUCCUUAAGCAGCUUCCUACUCAGGUUAGCAAGUUCACACAGUUUAAUUUAAUGGUAAUGCUAACUCUGAUGCAGGUCGGACUUUCAGUAGCAAAAUUAGUGGUGCGUUUCCCACCUUUAUAACAAUGACUUUUUACAUUACUUGCAGUGGCCGCUGGUUGAAACAAAACUUCUCAUAUCCCUCCUUUUUGAAGCGGGCGAAGGAGGCGGCAUGUCGACAUGUAACGUCCUUCUGUUCUGUGAGCGUGUAAGCAUGUGCGCGUGUGUGGGUGGGUGGGGGGCUCCAAUCAUCAGCUAAUCAAAACGUGCGUUUGAGUAAAAAACAUGGACUGGCACAUUAAGCAAGUGAAAAAGGGGUAACUAUAAGUCUGAACAUAAUGAAGAUAAUUCACUUUAUAAUGGUAGGGUCAGUUCUAUCGUUACAACAUAUGGGAAGACAAUCUAAAUGACCUAUAUAACUGAACACAUUAUAUAAUGCAAAUAAUGUUGCUUAAAUGUUGGUGGGGACAAUUUGAGCAUCGUGAAAGUUGGUAAUGUUUUGUCCCUACAGUCCUUAUGCAAACCUACGCCCUUGGUGAUUAUAUAUUUAAGUGAGUUUGUGAUAAUAAUCCUUCAACGGAAUGUGUAUGAGAAAAAUGGAAUGUAAAAAUGAAUCUGAAACCUUUGUCUCCCCCUUGCAGAUAGUAAAAAUAAGUUUCAAGCUUUAUUCACUUAAAAAUAACAAGUACAAAUUGAUUAUAUAAUAAUAUUGUGGAUUUAAGGUGCAUUAGGAUGGAUGUAAUUUAGAUGAGUGUUUCUUAAACCCUUUACUCUAAGAAUGGCCCAUAAAAAUAAUUGUCUU